CCCUCCUUCACGGUCCAAUCCAGAUCCCGAAAGACAGGCGUAGAUGCCGCAUUUGCGUCUCCAAAGCGGUAUACAUCGGCCUUAGGGAUAUUGAUGACGGUCGCGGAGCUAAGGUAGCGUUGGAAACUAUGUGCUGGCCUUAGUCCGAAGACUCUACCUCCAAGGAGAAUGGCCAUCUUGAUGUUUUACGUGAACCUCAAGUCGAAGUUGUAAUUCAUACGUGAGUCAGUGGAAAGGGUCAUGGAGUCAACGUGACUCGAGUCGGCCGCUCUACUUUCUCUUCUUGACCACGAUGUCGGCUGACCCACCAACGCAACCUGACACGACUACCACCGACAUCGACCCCAUUUGGACCACAAGUCGUACUGCCAGACAAAUAUAUGCUCUUGGUCAGGUUGAGAAGGAUAUCAGCCGUCUUCUCUCCCUUGCCGCGUCCUCAAUUUCACUCCUCACCUUACCCCAAGCUGACGGUCCCAACGAUGGUCUUCCUCAGGGAGAAGAGCGCUCGGAACAGUUUGUAUUAGAGGCAAACGAAUACUUUGAAAUACUUGAUUCCAUCCAAGUAUCCAUCCGUUCAUCGCUAGCCCACAUCCGCCACUCGCGGAUAGCGCCUAGCGCGAUCAACGCCCCACCACUGGGUUCCAUUCCACCUAGUUUGGGGAUUGUGCUUCCCGAAGGUGAAGGCGAAGGAGAAAGUAGAGGGUUGCAAGAGACGAGGAUAGAUAGGGACGCGUGGAACGGUAUCCUGGAUGCAUUAACGCGCAUGAAGAGCGCAAUGGAGGAAAAUUCCAGGCUUGAGAUAUAACAUGUCCGGGACGGUGAGUUUGAAGGAUCUAGUACCAAGCAACAGAUUUCUACGAACCGCGGACUAUUCAAUUUCGUAUACAAAUCAGCCGGCGGAUAUGACGACUUACGAAUGGGCAAUCGCUUUCAAUUGUCCUUAUUAUUCUUCGACUUGCUGCGUCCGAAAUCGGGCCCGGCAAAUCAAAGCUAAAUUGUGGCGAGUCUGACGACCCUUGCAGGUAUUUUUCGCCACCCCCACAAGCUACACAACCUAUGUAUGGAUACGUAGGUACUAGUUCAGGGACUCUGAUUAUGGCAUGUCACAGCUCGCCGGCGAAAGGUCGGGAGGCUGAGCUUUGUAGGUGCUAAGUUAAAUCCUUUCGGAAAAGGUUGUCAUAAUUAUCCCAGAAUAAAUAUCACAGUAUUUUAU